AUUUCCUCCCUCUCUCGACACAAAAGCUCUCAUUUGCGUUUAUUCAGGAGGUGCAUUCACGCCCUCUUCCGAGUUGCGCUAGUGCCCUGUAUACGUGUCAGAGGUGAACGAAUCCUAAAUGAACCGCGGCUUUUAAAGAUGCACAAUUAACCCACUCGAAAUACGAAGUACUUCAUACUAAAUUCACAAAUUAACCAUUUAUUUUUUUAUUUUAACUUACAUUUCUUUUCAAACUCACAUUUAAAAGCAUAAACGGCGUAUCUCAAUUGGUUUCAAUUGAAGAACCUGACGUCAUUAUAAACGUGUUUUUGCGGCCGCGAAGGAAGCAUGAAAUCUUUGAGAAGAUACCAUAAAAUCUUUAAAAUAGAUUUCAAUUAGUAAAUAAUUUAGAACCCUCUUUCAGGGUGUUUACUUCAGGUGCACCCCUUCAAAAACCAACAAACUUAUGGUUUAAACAUUCUACGAAAGUGUUUACGUCAAAGAUAUACAACUUUUAAAUAACUUACUCCGUGUAAAACGGUAAAACGUUGUUUAUUUUACUAACAUAAGAUGGAAUCUUUCAACCAAAAAUAUCUAAUUAUUUCUUUUUUCGAUUCCGUUUCUAUCUCUAAAACGAUAUUAACUCCUAAUGGACACUAAAACUUGAGUCAAUUGUCCAUAGUUAAACCAAUUAAGCCGAAAUUAAUUUUCGAAACGAACCGACCGAAUUCGUGCCUGCUCUAGUAAAUUGGCAGGAGGCCAAUUCGACCCCGAAAUAAACGUCUAGUUUCCCGGUUUUCGUCUAGAAGCGCAUUUCUGAAAUGGUCUGCGUCGCGUUGUUGUAGUGGUCAACCUGUGCGAGCAUGAGUUACAAAAACAAUAUAAACGGAGUAGAACAUUCAACGUUUUCGGGCGGCGAUUCUAGUUUAGAAGAUGAAUCCACCGUGAAGGGUCACGAAAGAUGGUCGGGGAGUCUCCAAGAUUCCACUUCCGACUUGUCUACUUCCUCAUCGUCGGACAGGCAAAAGCUAAAAGAUAGCUCGACCAGGUGCGACGAGUUCCAAUGGAUCCAGAGGGAAAGUGACAAAUCCUCCUCGCCGAAAAUGGAGGAGCACCUCCAGGGGAAGCCCCCGAUAAGUAGAUCCGGCAGCAGGGAGAAAUCCCAACGGAAAUCCCAGGAACGAGAACAUCCUGGCAGUUUAGGCCGGAGAAGGCAUCUCCAAAAUCGACAAGAACGCGACCAAAAAUCGCGAUCAAGUCAUAUUAUUAAAAGCCCUCCGAGAUUCGACGAUUAUCAAAUGUGCCAAAGUUGGUGUUGUAAUCCCCACCAAGAAAAUAUUUAUUACGAUAAUUUUCAUAAAAGGCACGAGAGGAUGGAUCCUCAAAGAUACGGAAGUAGCCCAAUGUUGAUGGAACAACGUUACGGGGAAAGAGGAAGUCAUCCCGAUAUUUACGGGGAUUGUGGGAGGUUUCGUUACGAUGCACCUCCGAUGGGGUGCUGUUCUUAUCAUAUGGCACCUCCUUGCUGUUUUUUUGGAGAUAGUAGAAGUUAUCAUUGGACUCCACCACCUUAUAUUAAUAAGCCUCACGAACAAGAUGAUAGAUACAGAAAAUUACAAAGCGAAAAAGAUAAUUUACAAUUACAGGUGCAAGUGCUUUCAGAACAAAUUGAAGCUCAAAGUGAAAAGAUAACCGAUUUAGAAAAAUCGUUGCAAGAGAAAAAACAACAAUUGAUCAGUACUGAAGAUGUUCUUCAAAGAGAAAUGUUAUCAAGAUCUUCGUUAGAAACUCAAAAGUUAGAAUUAAUGUCAGCUAUGAGUGAAUUAAAACUACAACAUGCGGAGUUAGAAAGGGAAUUGGUUCAAUUGAGAAGUACUCAAUAUAAUAAUAAUUCCACCGUGGAUUUGAAUAAGAAAUAUCCGAGAGCUUCACCUCAACCUCAACAAACUUCCACUCCUAUUCAUCAUUCGAGUCAUCAAAAUUUAAGAACUUCACCAUCUCCAAGUCAACUUUCCAGCUCGUUAUCUUCAUCUCCUAGAAAAACGGAUUCAUCCAGCCAACAAGAUGUUCAACAACCACCAAAGACGCCACCAUCUAAUUAUCGGAGACAAAUUGAUUUGCAGUAUUCAAGCUUGCCGCGUCAACAGUUUUUAAGUAAUGGCGGCGCCUUGGGGGUGGUGGAUUCGAAUGCAAAUCCCACGGACGGGGCCAGGAAAGGCGUGGCCUUUGGUAGGGGGUUUUCUUCACUUCUUGGGGGUCGGUCCAGGGGACAUUCCGUUCCCAAUCUAGCUGAAACUGAGAAGAUUGUGAUUGAAGAUCUUGGGGAUAACCCCCAAUCGCCUUCGUUGCAAUUUAAUAAGAACAAGACUGGGAUUAAAAAGAUUAUUGGGAAAUUAAAACGAUCCGGAUCUGGAAAUUUGGAGGAUCUUCCUGGACUUGGGGAGUUUCAACGUGGAGGUGUUAGAGCAACAGCCGCGGCCAGGUUAGGUUGGAGCGAACCGCAGGCCUCGCAAAAGCCAGAUAAACCGUUUGAAGAUUGGGAUGCUGAUGAAGUUUGUACUUGGCUUCAAGAUUUAGGUUUAGAUCAAUAUCAACCGGACGCGAAACGUUGGAUAAAAUCGGGCAAACAAUUACAAGAAGCUUCAAUAAACGAAAUCGAGAAAGAAUUAGCUAUUAAAAAUCCCCUUCAUAAAAAGAAAUUACAACUAGCCAUAAUCGAUAACCAAGCGAACGGUUCAAGCGAUUCUUUAUUAAAUAAAGCUGGUAAAUUGGACACCGCUUGGGUUUUAAGAUGGUUGGAUGAUACCGGGUUACCACAAUACAAAGAAUCGUUUCUUAUCAACCGUAUCGAUGGUCGAGUUCUUCAUCGAUUAACAAUGGAUGAUUUAGCUUUACUUCAUAUAACUUCACUUCUUCACGUUGCUAGUUUAAAGCGGGGUAUUCAAGUUUUGAGAGAAAAUAAUUACGAAGCUGGGUGUUUACAAAGGAGAUCGCUUCCCGAUGACCCUGAACAACCAAAUUCGAAAAGUAUCGCGUUAUGGACCACACAUCGAGUUAUGGAGUGGCUUAAAGCGGUAGAUUUAGCUGAAUACGCACCAAAUUUACGAGGUUCUGGAGUACACGGUGGUUUAAUGGUUCUUGAAAAUAAAUUUACAGCCGAGUUAUUAGCAACGUUGUUAUCGAUACCUCCUGGAAAAACUUUGUUAAGGCGCCAUUUAAAUACGCAUUUUAAAGAAUUGUUAGGGAAGGAUGUUAUUCAAGGUAAAAGGGAAGCUGAAGGUACUUUGGGGUACAUCCCGCUCACUCCCUCAUCUAAAGUUAAAGUUACCAAGAAAUCGCAUUUUUCGUUAAAAAGAAAUAAGAGUAAAUCGGAAGCGGAUUACGGCGAUUUAGUUUGCCCGAUGAGUUCCGGUUUUCAAUCAGGUGAUCAUUCCGGUUCCUCCUUUAACAUCUCUUUGGGUAUGAGGAAGAAAGCAGAGGAAAGGGAAGAGGAUGUUUAUCUUCUGCGCGCUGAUGAAUUAAAAGAAUCGAGCACACCCUCAUCGUCGAAUUCGCCGAUUCCCGAUCGGAGAACCGUUUAAUUUUUUUUAUUUUAUCCGCAUUUAUUAAUUUGUGUACCUUAAAAAAGAAUUAAGAUUAGAAUUUAAGGUUAAUUAAAGAAAAUCGACCACUGUGUAUGUUUGUGCGAAUGAAUGAAAUGAAAAAGUCGGCGUUUUUAAUUAUUUUUUCUUGGUAAAGUUGAUUUAUGCUUAAUACAUAUCACAAAUUUGACUUGAUUCAUUAAUUUUUUUAACAUACUUUGUUUAAAUAAAAAAUAAGAGUGAAUUAAUUUAUUUUAAAAAAUGAAUCAACUUUACUCAAGUUAAAGCGUUUUUAAUCGAAAGUCUUCCCCAGUAAUGCCUUAACGAUUCACCAAAUUUGAUAUAAUUCGUUAUCAAUGACUAUUUUGGAAUUUGGAACAAAAAUGAAUUUGUUCGUGUCUCCCCUUUAAACUUUACGACAUGUUAAAAUAAAUUUGUUAAGGACUACGACGUAGUUUUUAUAUAAGUAUUUUCUAAGAGCAGUAUUUAUUACUAUUGUUACCAAUGAUAUAACAUAUUAUAAUGUUAAGCGGAUUUUAAAAACGAUGUAGCGAUAACAUUUACCCUUAGGUUUUAGAGAUAUUUACAAGAAUGAAAACGACCAAGUUAACCUAUAAAAAAAUUAAAUAAAUCGAUUCAAAUUUG